AUGCCUAGUAAUACAGCAGCAACCAAACAUCCAAAAAUCGAUUUCACAAAAUAUACUAUGGAAGAUGGCACUGUUGUUAGUACGACAGACCGUAUUUAUACAAAGGUUGAGGCGCCAGCUUUUAAUAAACCUACAAAUGAAGAACUAUUCUCUAAAGAAAGACCUGGUUUGCCCAACUUAGAGUUUCUAAGAGAGCAUUUUCGUAAAGAAGGCAGGCUGACAGACGAACAAGCCUUGAAAAUUUUGCAUGAUACAAAUGAAUUAUUGAAAAAAGAGCCCAAUUUGUUGCGUAUACCCGCACCUAUUACCAUUUGUGGUGAUAUUCAUGGACAAUAUUACGAUCUUUUGAAAUUAUUCGAAGUUGGAGGCGCGCCUGCAGAAACAAGGUAUUUAUUCUUAGGUGAUUAUGUGGAUAGAGGUUAUUUUUCAAUCGAGUGCGUGCUCUAUCUCUGGGCUCAUAAACUAUGGUAUCCGGAUACAUUUCACUUACUACGUGGUAACCACGAAUGUCGACACCUCACAGAAUAUUUCACCUUCAACUUGGAAUGCAAAACAAAGUAUUCAGAAGAGAUCUAUGAUGCUGUUAUGGAAUGCUUUGACAGUCUUCCAUUAGCAGCAGUAGUAAACGAUCAAUUUUUUUGUGUUCACGGUGGUUUAUCACCGGACUUGAAAACGUUGAAGGAUAUUGAAAAUAUUGAUCGUUUCGUAGAAACCCCGACAUCUGGUUUACUGUGUGAUUUACUAUGGAGUGACCCUCAAGAAGAAUUUGAUGCAGACACAGGGCCAAAGUAUGAACAUAAUCAUGUUCGAGGUUGUUCGUAUUUCUACAGUUACCGUGCUACUUGUAAUUUUUUAGACAAGAAUAAUCUGCUAUCAGUAAUUCGUGCCCAUGAAGCACAGGCUAAUGGUUACCGCAUGUAUCGUAAAAGUAAAACAACAGGUUUUCCAGCAUUGAUGACCAUUUUCUCCGCACCAAACUAUAUCGACGUUUACAACAAUAAGGCUGCUGUUCUUCGCUAUGAUAAAAGCGUGCUAAAUAUACGACAAUUCAACUGCAGUCCUCACCCAUAUUGGUUACCGAAUUUUAUGAACGUUUUCAAUUGGAGUUUGCCAUUUGUUGGUGAAAAAAUCACAACGAUGCUUUUGGCUAUGUUGAAUAUUUGCUCACAGGAGGAGUUAUCAGAAGGAGUUGGAGGAGAAGGUAAAACAACUGCUUCCGCAGCGGGCCCACCUACUACCAUUACAACAGACAGUGAAACAGAGCAAAGAAGACAAAUCAUUAAGAAUAAAAUCAUGGCUAUUGGCAAGAUCUCCCGUACCUUCUCCGUACUCAGAGAAAAUUCAGAGCUUGUUAUGGAACUCAAGAAUUUGUCAGGAAGUGGUAAAUUACCAACAGGAACGUUAGGUCUUGGUUCUGAGGGUAUUAGAAAGGCUAUCACGACAUUUGAAGAGGCUAGACGAUGUGAUAUUGAGAAUGAGCGUUUACCGCCUGCAUCACGAGAAAGUAUGGAAGCUGUUCAACGAGAAACGACACAUUCUAAGGUUAGAGAUGCUGUAGGUGAACAAGACAACGAUCUUUCUCGUAUGGCUGAUGUAUUAGCGUCUGAACCCAAUAAGGCGGAGCGGUCUAUAUCAGCUUCGCAAUUUUAG